CUCGGCGGUGGCGGCGGCGUUUCCUGGUUACGAUGGGCAGCCAGGAAGUGCUGGGCGAAGCCGCUCGGCUCGCCUCGUCCUCUCUCUUACUGCAGGUAUUAUUUCGAUUCAUCACCUUUGGGUUGAAUGCAUUUACUCUUCGCUUUCUUUCAAAGGAAAUUAUUGGAAUAGUGAAUGUAAGGCUGACAUUGCUUUACUCUACCAUCAUUUUCCUAGCGAGAGAAGCGUUCCGGAGGGCAUGUUUGAGUGGAAGCACGCAACGCAAUUGGACCAAAACAAUCAACCUCUUGUGGCUCACAGUCCCCUUGGGUGUGUUUUGGUUCUUGUUCCUGAGCUGGGUCUGGCUCCAAUUGCUGGAAGUUCCCGAUCCUAGCGUGGUCCCCCAUUAUGGGAUUGGAGUGCUGAUGUUUGGCCUUUCUGCAGUGAUCGAACUCUUGGGAGAAGCUUUCUGUGUCUUGGCUCAAGCACAUAUGUUUGUCAGGCUUAAGGUGAUUGCUGAAAGCCUUUCAGUAAUUUUUAAGUGUGUCUUGACAGCCAUUUUAGUGGUGUGGUUGCCUGCCUGGGGAAUUUACAUCUUUUCUUUCGCCCAGCUUUUGUACACCACUGUUUGGGUCCUCUGCUAUGUCAUAUAUUUCAUGAAAUUAUUGAGUUCUCCAGAAUCAACAGAGAAAUCUCUUCCUGUCUCUAGAAUGACAGACAUGUUUCCUAAAAUCAUGGAAAAUGAGACUUUUGUGAAUUGGAAAGAAGCUAAACUGACCUGGAGCUUUUUCAAGCAAUCCUUCCUGAAACAGAUUUUGACGGAAGGGGAGCGAUAUGUAAUGACUUUUUUGAAUGUGUUAAAUUUUGGAGACCAAGGCGUGUAUGACAUAGUGAAUAACUUGGGUUCACUUGUGGCCAGGUUGAUUUUUCUGCCCAUUGAGGAGAGUUUUUACAUUUUCUUUGCUAAGGUGCUCGAGAGGGGAAAACCUGUAAAGCUUCAGAAACAGGAAGAUAUUGCUGUGGCAGCCACUGUUUUAGAGUCGCUGCUGAAGCUGGCACUCCUGAUUGGCCUGCUCAUUACUGUUUUUGGUUAUGCCUAUUCUCAGCUGGCUUUGGAUAUUUAUGGAGGGCCCAUGCUCAGUUCUGGAUCAGGUCCUACUCUCUUGCGUUGCUAUUGUUUAUAUGUCCUCCUGCUUGCUGUGAAUGGAGUAACCGAAUGUUUUACAUUCGCUUCUAUGAGCAAAGAAGACGUGGACAGGUACAACUUUGUCAUGCUGGCUUUGUCCUUCACGUUUUUAUGCUUCUCCUACUUCCUGACCCACUGGCAGGGCAGCGUGGGCUUUAUUUUUGCAAAUUGCUUUAACAUGGGGAUUCGGAUCACCCACAGCAUUCACUACAUCUACAGCUACUACAGAGAGAGCCCUCACAGGCCCUUGGUGGGCCUUCUCCUUUCGCCGUGGCUGAUCCUGGCCUAUGUGAUCAGCGGCGUUCUCACGGCUACGUCGGAGGUAUUUCUCUGCUGUAAGAGAGGCUGGCUGGCAAGGUUGCUGCAUAUCGCUGUGGGGGUUUUAUGCUUGGGAGCUACCCUCACGAUGAUAUUCUUCAGAGAGACCAAACUGCUUCAUUUUGUUAGAACUCAGUUCCUGCCCAGAUAUACCAAGAGAAAGAUCUGAACAAGCCGUUAAUCAGUUCUUAUAAACACCUAUUCACAUAUAUUUAUAUAUACUGGAUGGGUAUGUGGUAUACAUGCGUAUUUCCUGUUUAAAGGAAGAUUAACAAUGUUUAAGAACCCAGUGAGGUUCCGAUAUACACAAAUCUAAGGACUUUAAGCAACCAAGACCGAGGAUCUGAAGUAUGUCGAGGAAAAUAUUUGGUUUACACUUUGAAGUAACGAGACAUUGGAUUUUGCAACAAAGCCACCUAAUUCUCAUGUAGCAGAAGUAAUUAUUCCUUUAUCAUUUGGUCUAAUCAAUAUUUUUUCCUUUUCGGCUUUGAAAUACCUAGACUGUAAACCAACUACUGUACAGAAAACUCAGUACCUCUGGAGUUAAAAUAGUUGCAGAGCCCACCCAAAAAUGAUGCCGUUUUUACUGACCUUGGAAAUUUUUGUGAGGAAUUUAUUUCCCUAAGAAGGAAGAACACACAUGGUUAUCAAUCCAAAAUAUGAAGAAACGACAACCCCCAAAAAGAGCCUUUAUGUGGUGACUUUUGUGACAACUAUCAUUGUCACGUUUUAGCCGUUAGAGCAAAAGCAGUAAGUUAUUUACGAAAUGACUCAAGAAAUCUUUUGGAAAAACACCAUUUCAAGAUAUUUGAAUUUAUCACAGCAAAUAAGAAACUGAAAAAAGUAAAUUGUAUCUUUUGUGUGGACUGCACGAAGUUGUACAGGCAGAAAAUGCUAACAGGUUAGAGAAGAGUAUAGGUAAAUUCAGGGCAGAGGCUCUCAUAAGAGCGUGUUAGGGGCCAAAAUUAGGAUUCUUAGGUGAACAGAAGAACAUAGACUAACAAAGCACCAAACAAGGAAACCUCUGGUUUUUUCUUCAACUUCCCUGGAUCUCUGUUUUAACUGACAGCGUCUUUUGAAAUUUUCACCUGCUGAAUCUUCCAAAUUCGUUUUAAAAAAUUGACCUUAGUCAAUUAUAAAUCUAAGCUUUGAAAGGUUAAGAAUACUCUGUGUCCUGUGUCACUUGAGUACCCUACUUUUUAAUCAAUAAUCAUUUUCUUCCUCUCGCUGUAAUCAUGUAAACAAGGUGUAAAUCAAACUGUGUUAAUUCCCUUAUUUUAGGAAGUAUAAAAUCUUCUGAAAAAAAUGAAAUAUUGCAUUGAUUUUAGUGAGGAUAAUGGAGGUAGAGUAGAGAAGCUUGAAUCUAAGAAUAUGGUCCAGCCAGCCUAGGAUUAUGUCUCCAACACAGGCAACAUGAGGCUUGGAGGAACCAGGUGAUGGUUACCUGCCUUAACAUCUCUUCUUACGGUUUAGGGAUAUACCAUCCGACGUCUCCAACUUUUCUCUCUAGUAACCCAUUAAGGUCCUCCUAUCCAUGAAUAUAUCCAAACCCUUCUUGAACAUAUUGAUGUGUUCAGCCUGCACAUCUUCCUUACUAAUGAAUUCCAUCUUUACAACCUGCUGCAUGAAGUGGGUGGGUUUUUUGUUGUUUGAUUUGAACCUACCACCUUCAAACUUGAGUAAGUGUGCCCCUUCACCACCCCCAUCCAGAUGAUGUGAGAUUUAAUGAACAGCAAUUCCAUAUUCACCCUAUCCCCCAUUUCAUGGCUUUGUAAACUUGAAUCAUGUCCCCUCUCAGCCGUCCUUUUUCCAGACUGAAGAGUCUUCAUCUUUUCCGUCUCAUAAGGAAGCUGCACCAUCUCCCUAUCAUUUGGGUCGCCUCUUUCUCUCUACCAUCUUCAGAUCUAUUCUACCCUUCUUGCGGCGUGCCAACCUACAAUGCACACGGUAAUCGAGGUGAAGCACUGUGGUUUUCAAAGAUGUGUUCUUUGCUUUGUUUUCUCUCUCCUUCCCAAAGAUGGCUGGCAUUUGCCUCUUUUUUUUGCCUGCCGCUGCAUGUUAAAGCAAUGACUUAAGAGACCAGGCUAUAUCAACUGCAGCUAUCUUUCCCCACUCAUGGAUGUCAGCUCAGAGCCCACUCUCAUGCAGCUAUAAUUCUGAUUACUUUUCCCUAGGUGCAUUACCGUGCACUUGCUCAGGUCAAAACUCAUCUGCCAUUUUUCAGCCCACUCGUUCCCCUUUAUGAAAUCCUCCUGGAGUUUAUCCCUCUCUGCGUGGGAUUUCACCACUCAGAAGAGCUUAGUGUCAUCUUGGACAUUUUACUGCACACUCCCUCUUCCAGAUUGCUUUUGAAUUUGGUUAAGUAAAACUAACCCUGGCACUGAUUCCUAUGGGGGAAUUCCAUUAUUGAUACCUUUUCUAUCCCGAAAAGUGGUCAUUUAUCCCUAGCCUUUGGCACCAAUUUUUUAUUCUGUUUUUUAUCCAUGAUCGAAUGUACCCUCCCAUCGUAAACACCAGCCUCUUUUAAAAGCCUUUGGUGUGGAACAGUGUCAAAACCGUUUUAAAGUUUAGUUAUAUUGUGCCCACUGGCUCCCCUCUAUCAGUGUACUUACUGACCCUUUCAUAAGAAGUCCACCAAAUUAACGAGGCAUGGUUUCCCCAUCCAGAAACCUUGUUGUGCUUUCUCCAACUGGUUGUGUUUUCCUAGGUGUUCACUGAUCUUAAACUUGAUGACAGAUUAGCGAUUUGCCAAGGAUAGAAGUGAUGAGACUCACCAAACUAUGAUUCCCAGACUCAUCUCUGGAAACCUUCUUCCACAUGGGGGUUAUAUUAGUGAUCCACUGGUCUUCCGGCACCGUGGUUAUGUGUAACAAUAGGUAAUACACUCUUGCUAGCAUUUCUGCAGCUUCCCGUAAUAGUUUAAUCUUCCACAGAUAUGCUGGAAAUACUGAGACUGUUGAAUUGAGCUUGGAAAUUAGACUUCCCAGCCCAUUACAUGCAAUUGAAAAAUAGUUCACGUUUAUAUCAUUUACUGUACAGUUGAAGUAACGUAUUGUUUUCUCUUUAUGACAUAGGUACAUGGGUGAAGUAGCCCUUAAUAUUGUAAACAUCUCAUUUGCUAAUUGAAUCUCAAGGGUAACAGGAAAUACGUUGUUUGCAAGAAUGCAAAAUUAGGGGGAAGAAAGAUAAUAUUGAUUUGCAUCAUCAGUCAGCACUUAAUUACCUCAGUGCAAUCAGUUCAACUAUUUACUAUUCAUUUUCAACCCAGAUGUCAGGGAAUAGCAGAGGUUUACAACUAAAAUGGAACAAAUGUGUUCAUUAAUGAAGGUCUGUUUUCUUUUGGUCUCGAGUCAACUGUAUUCGGCAAGGAGUCUUAUUAAAGUUUCAAGUAAUCCUCAAGAUAAAUGA